AUGUUUGGUAAAUUAGUUAUCGUUCCUGUUGCUUUAACUCUCUUGAGCUUGGUCGCAGCUGCCGAUUAUAGAUUGACAGUCAAUAAACCCCCGUGUAUGAGUAUUGGCAAUUUCGAGAAAACGUUUGAAGCUCUCUGUCCUGUAUUCAAAUCUGACGAAGAAUUCAGAAGUGUAUAUUUCCAUCGUGGAGCAUCUGGUGGAGCACAUAAUACCACUCAAGCGCAAGUCUACUGUCUUUAUAACAAUGCCAAUGGGACAGUCCAGGAAUACACCAAGGAGCUCACUCUGCAACUGGGUGGGAGUACUACCAUUGCCUGA